AUGCUGGAAGCUGCGGAUAACUCAAACGUCCUCAAUGGAGGAUUUUCUCAGCUGCAGAGCUGCUUCGGAGAUUGCACUAGCGAGGAGGAAUUAUCUGUGCUGCCACGUCACACCAAAGUUGUCGUCACCGGAAACAACCGUACGAAAUCCGUCCUCGUCGGUCUUCAUGGCGUCGUUAAGAAAGCCGUCGGACUCGGUGGUUGGCAUUGGCUGGUUUUGACAAAUGGAAUAGAAGUGAAGUUGCAGAGGAACGCGCUUAGUGUCAUCGAAGCUCCUACAGGAAAUGAAGAGGACAACGAUCUUGAAGUCGAGCACACACAACAAUGGAACAACAAUCCUUCAGAUAUGACAUUUGAAGACACUCUGAAGCCUCACAAGUCUAAGCAAAGAGGACACAGAUCAGCGAGGUUAUCUCAAAAGACAAUGUGCAGGGCCGUAUCUUGUGACUCACACUCAAAAAGCUCCAGCUUAACUCCUCGUACGACCAUGAAGGUUGAUCUUAGCACACUGGAUAUGCCUGCGUUACAGAGAUAUUGGCGACAUUUUAACCUCGGAGAUCCUCUUCCUAAUCCAUCAAAGGAGCAACUUCUUGACGUUGUUCAAAGACACUUCAUGUCUCAGGAAAUGGAUGAGCUUCAGGUGAUUGUGGGGUUCGUUCAAGCUGCAAGAGGAAUGAACAGAGCUUGCAAGUGGAAAUCUAAAAAAUCCAGAAACGGUGAUCAUCAUCAUCAUAACUGCAUCAACUAA